UCAUUGAAAAUGUCGACAAAAAUCACCGCCAAUGCUGAUAGUAACAGUAGCAGCACGUCUAGUAGUCCAGCUACAACAGCUUCGGCAUCGGCAAAUACUAAUGGUACUACUACACCAGCCAGGCGACUUCGAGCAAGAACAUCGACCGGUGGUAAUGUAAGUGGCAGUGAAUCUGCUCAGAAGAAACAAGGACUAAAUUCAGAUACAAGUGCUGGACCGACGGUAAGCAGCAAUGAAGAAAAAUCUAGUGCCAGCAAAAAAUACCACAGUAGCUGUCCCCAGCCGACUAGCUCCGGACGGAAGGAAAAGAACCAUUCUCAGCCGCAUAGUUCGAGUACAUUCAAUAUGAAUAAAACUGAAGAAUUUCAUUUUGAUACACCACAUGAGUGUCCAGUUUUCCGACCUACUCCGGAGGAAUUUAAAAAUCCCUUGGCUUAUAUAAGUAAGAUACGUCCAAUAGCUGAGAAAUGUGGUAUUGCAAAAAUCUUGCCACCAGAAUCUUGGUCUCCACCAUUCGCCGUCGAUGUGGAUAAACUCAAGUUUACUCCUCGUGUUCAGCGUCUAAAUGAGCUCGAGGCAAAAACACGUGUAAAAUUGAAUUUUUUGGACCAGAUAGCAAAGUUUUGGGAACUGCAAGGCUCUUCUCUAAAGAUUCCCAUGGUCGAAAGGAAGGCAUUAGAUUUGUACACGUUACACCGCAUGGUCCAGGAAGAAGGUGGCAUGGAACAAACAACCAGGGAACGGAAAUGGGCCAAAGUAGCUAACCGAAUGUCAUACCCAUCGAGCAAAAGCGUUGGUGCCACAUUAAAAGCGCACUACGAGCGCAUACUUCAUCCGUUUGAAGUGUAUACAUCGGGAAAAGUUCUUGGCCAAUCUGUAACUGGUUCAUCUACAGCAGCCGACGUGAAGAUGGAAGAUGGUACGGAUUAUAAAGCUCAUGAAAUUCCAACUCGCCAGCAGAUAGCACCACCCAAUGAAAACAAUGCCAGGCGCUCUAAACGUUUCGCCAAUUCAAAUGCCAGUUGUGGACUCGGAUCCAAUCGGACAUCAGUUAAAACUGAAACAAAAGAAGAUUUUAAACGAGACCUAAUGAACUGCUUCAAUGCCUCGGCAGCUUCAGCAGUAGGUCGUUCAAACGCAGGAAAUGGAGUUUCUGCCCAGAAAAAGGCUCCCGAUCCCAAUGCAGCUGUGGAUCCUCUUAUGAAAUACAUUUGUCACAUCUGCAAUCGAGGAGAUGUGGAGGAAUCCAUGCUCCUUUGUGACGGCUGUGAUGAUUCAUAUCAUACAUUCUGCCUAUUGCCGCCUCUAUCGAGCAUACCAAAAGGAGAAUGGCUUUGUCCACGUUGCGUUGUUGAGGAAGUAAGUAAACCCACUGAGGCGUUUGGAUUCGAACAGGCAGAACGAGAAUAUACACUACAGCAAUUUGGACAAAUGGCCGAUCAGUUCAAAAUGGACUAUUUUCGAAAGCCCGUCCAUUUGGUUCCCACGGAUUUGGUGGAACGCGAAUUUUGGCGCAUUGUGUCUUCAAUUGACGAAGAUGUUACAGUUGAAUAUGGAGCCGACCUGCAUACAAUGGAUCACGGUUCCGGAUUUCCCACAAAAAGCUCAUUGUAUUUGUUGCCAGGUGAUCAGGAAUAUGCCGAAUCUAGUUGGAACUUAAACAAUUUGCCACUGCUCGAAGAUUCAAUUCUCGGUCAUAUUAACGCGGACAUAAGUGGAAUGAAUGCUCCGUGGAUGUAUGUGGGAAUGUGCUUUGCAGCAUUCUGUUGGCAUAACGAAGAUCACUGGAGCUAUUCGAUAAACUAUUUGCAUUGGGGCGAGCCAAAGACAUGGUACGGAGUGCCUGGUAGUUGUGCAGAACAAUUCGAAGAAACUAUGAAACAAGCGGCCCCCGAAUUGUUUGCAUCGCAGCCAGACUUGCUUCACCAAUUGGUUACAAUAAUGAAUCCCAAUAUAUUGAUGAAUAACCGUGUUCCGGUGUACCGGACAGAUCAAAAUGCCGGAGAGUUUGUGAUAACGUUUCCCCGCGCCUACCACGCUGGUUUUAAUCAAGGCUACAACUUUGCGGAAGCUGUCAACUUUGCACCCGCAGAUUGGCUAAAGAUGGGGCGUGAAUGCAUCAACCACUAUUCAAUGUUGCGCAGGUUUUGUGUGUUUUCCCACGAUGAGUUGGUCUGUAAGAUGGCACUGGAGCCUGCAAAACUUACAUUUGGCAUAGCCACCGCUUGCUACAUAGAUAUGGCGGAGAUGGUGGAUUCGGAAAAGAAGUUACGCAAAUCCCUACUUGAAUGGGGAGUCACACGUGCCGAACGUAAAGCCUUUGAGCUCAUUCCUGAUGAUGAACGCCAUUGCCAAGAGUGCAAUACCACUUGCUUCCUUUCUGCUGUGUCAUGUGAAUGCACAAAAGGGAUCGUGUGUCUGCGACAUUACACUGUUUUGUGUACUUGUCCUCCCGAAAAACAUACACUUUUGUAUCGCUAUACACUGGACGAAAUGCCAUUAAUGCUGCAAAAAUUAAAAUCGAAAGCUCAAAGCUUCGAGAGGUGGCUGUCCCGUUGCCGGGAUAUCGUGGAUGCAAACACUCCGACGUCAGUAACCCUGCAGGAGUUGCAAGAACUCUGCAAAGAAGCGGAAGUCAAGAAAUUUCCAUCAUCCCUACUUAUUGAUCGCCUAAACGCCGCCGUGUUAGAAGCAGAGAAGUGUGUGACGGUUAUCCAGCAAUUGGGAAUUAAUAAAGUUCGAACACGUUCGGAUAAUAAUUUAGAAGCAGCGCAGUACAAAUUAACCAUGGAGGAGCUUGAGCUUUUUGUGCAAGAAAUCGAUAAUCUCUGCUGCACAAUAGACGAAGGUGCCUCAGUUCGUGAGUUGCUGGUUUUGGGUAAAAACUUUUUGGAGCGUACUUCUGAGAUUUUGAAAGUACCUCUAGAAUCUGUGGAGGAGUCCGAGUUGGAAGCAAUAAUUGGGGAAGGGAAUUCCUUACGCAUAGAGCUACCUCAGAUUCAACAAUUAAACAUGCGACUCCGACAACUUAAAUGGUACAGGCGUUCACAGGGACUUCGUGCAGGAAGUGGUAAACUUACCUACGAAGAUAUAAAAGCAUUACUGAACGUGGCCGAAAUUGAACCUACCGAACCUGUUAUAGAUAAGGAGAUUAGAAAGUUGCAGGAAAUAGGUGCCUCGAUCGAAGCUUGGGAAUGUCAAGCAAACAAGUAUUUCAAUUGCAAUAUACAGCGACACGAGUUGGACGAAAUUGAACAAUUUCUGAAGACUGCUUCCGAGAUUGAGGGCCAAGUCCCAUCGUACGGUGUUCUGAAGGACGGACUGAAGAAGGCAAAAGAUUGGCUACGGUCUGUAGAGCAGUUACAAGCCAACGAUCACUUUCCAUAUUGUCACACACUCGAAGCCAUUGUUGCUCGGGGUUCCACUAUUCCCAUAAAACUGGAAGAGCUUCUGCGCAUGCAGGGACAUCUAAAGAGUGCACAUGACUGGAAGGAAAAUACAGAGAGAGCAUUCUUGAAAAGAAAUACGUUUUACACAUUACUGGAAGUGCUUAUGCCCAGGUCAGAGCCAGUUAUAAUCGAUUGUGAUCUAAAGAAACCAUUUGAAGAUAAUUUCGUGAAAGAAAUGAACCCAGCUCAAAUUGUUGAUUCCUUCAAAUCAGCAGAAGAGAAGGAAUUGCGUGACAUGAGAGAACUGAGAAGACUUAACAUGAACAAAAAACCAACCCGUGACGAAUAUUGCCUUUGCAAAUCAUCCUUUCAGGGUGUUAUGUUUAAUUGUCAAUUAUGUAGAGAUUGGUUUCACGAGGACUGUGUUCCACCGCCGGCCGCCCGUGUCUUUUGCCAAGCAGAAGAAGGUCAGAGACCGAAAUGGUUAUGUCCAUCGUGUGUACGCUCUAAAAGACCUCGGCUUGAGACAAUUUUACCACUGCUGGUAUCUUUGCAAACUCUCCCCAUACGUUUACCAGAGGACGAAGCUCUGCGCUGUCUCGCAGAAAGGGCCAUGAACUGGCAAGACCGAGCACGUAAAGCCCUGGCCUGUCCUGAUGUAGUAGCUGCCAUAGAGGUUAUUACAUCUGCUUCCCAACCACGCUGUAAACAGAAGAAACGUAAGACGGGAAAAUUGGCCGGCGCAGAUCGCAAACAAAGACGAAGUAGUCAACGAAAUUCAAAGGACGACGGUUCGGACAAUGCCGACUCGGAUGACGAGUACCGUCUUCAUAUUGUCGAGGAGAAUUUCAGCAACGACGACGAAGAAGAAGAAUCACUUCAAAUUGACGAUGCCGCAAACUCGAAUAAUGGACACCGCUUCCAAAAAUUAUUGUCAGACAGUGAAACCGACAACUUGGAUGAACUUAUGAUGGAAGGUGACCUUCUAGAAGUAUCACUCGAUGAAUCGCAAGAGCUUUGGCGUGUACUAUCGGCAGUUCAACCUUCCAGUAACUCGGAAGCAGCUAUUUUGGUGGAGCAGCAUCAAUCUAUGUUAAAACAACAAAAUCAUAACCAACCCAAACCGCCUUCCAGUGUCAAUUCCGCAGCGGAAGAUUCCAACGAUAGUCUGCUUGUACAGAGUAGUCCCAAUAGUACCAGUAACAGUGGUAAUGGACGAAAUUCUAGCACCUCUGUAAAGAAGCGACGGUCUCUUGACCCAGCAACAGGAUGUCCGGUUCCACGAAAAAAAAUUGUCACCCCAAGCAAACAAUCGGUGUCUGCCUCCAAUAAUACGUCAGCUAAAAAAUCCGCCAGAAAAUCCGAUGCCACUUCAAAGAUGUCUGAAGAAAAUUCUGAAAACUUUACGCCCACCAAACAAGCAAAUGGUGGUUCGCAAUCAAAUAGCUUAGCUCCCGGUUCACAGAAAAAGCACAGAAAACGGGUAGGAAAUAACAAUACAAGCAACAACAGUUCGGGAUCUGCAAGUCAAAAGAAAAACUCUCAAAGAUCACAAACUGUCCAGCAAGAGGACGACGAGGAAGAGUGCCGUGCGGAAAAUUGUCACAAACCAACAGGUCGCGAAGUGGACUGGGUUCAGUGUGACGGUGGUUGCAAUGAAUGGUUCCAUAUGUACUGUGUCGGUCUUAACCGUAGCCAAAUCAAAGCAGAUGACGAUUACAUCUGCAUUCGCUGUUCCAAAAAUAUGAAUGCCGCAGUUACCAGCGGUAUAACAUCAUCAAAUACAACAACAAACCAGAGAGGUAGAUCGCAGACGGCGCGAUAAGAGGAUUAAUGUACCAUGUAUACAUAGUAAAUAUUAGAUCGAUAUUAAAUGAAUUUUUGUUGUGUGCUGCA